AAGCUUACCUUUGAAGUCAACUAUUCUUUGAUAAAGUAUGUGUGGUUACUGAAUUACGGUGCUUCUAAAUUCUAAUCCUCUUAAGAAUUUUGCUUAGAGAUGUUGCAGCGGUGGGAAGAGGCGGUGAGAGUGGACAGUGGCGGAGGCAUACAAGGGUUGAGUAGUGCAAUUUGGGUCUUUUGGGCGGCUUUGGCCGUUCUUUCUGUCAUCACGGUUGUCAUCUUCUCUUGUGCUGGUGGGGCAUCCAAGGAUAAGGACACUACCGGCCACACCAAUGCAUAUGGCACACCGUGUACGAGCGGAUGUGGUACUGGAUGUGGUGGUGACGGCAGCGGUGGGUGACAUACUCUUAAUACUCUCCGUUGGGCUAGCACCACUACAGAACAGCUUAGUUUCAGGCAGUGGCGUUGGUCGCAAUCUUUGAUGUAUUCCAUCAGUAUGUAAAUUGCUUCUGCAAUUCUGAGUUUCGUUGGUCGAGUAAUAUCAGUGAAGCAGUGAUAAAGAAGUAAUUUCAUCCGACUGCAGUUGUAUUUUUCCAAAUAAUCUUUCAAUGUCCUUUUUCCUUUAUUUUUUUCCUUUCUUUUUUUGGGUUCAAUUCAAAACAGAAUUUCAGUGGUA